GUGCAUGCUGAAUUGUGCUACUUUAGGACAGGAGGCCUUGUUCCUGUUUCACCUUGGAGGAUCCAGACACACAGCAGUGACUCCAGGUUGCCCCGUUUUUCUGCUGUUUCCUCUGAUGACACAGACGUUUCCACACCAGCUCCUUCACAAUGGUUGUUCCUGAAUCUAAGGAUAAGUUGUUUCAUCCUCCUGAUGAUCUGCAGAGGGAUGCUCACGUCCCUGAUUUUAACUCAUACCUGGAAAUCUACAGGAAGUCUUUGGAGGAUCCAGAAGCUUUCUGGAAGGAGGUUGCUGAUGAGUUCUAUUGGAAGAAGCCAGCCACAGGACCAAUGCUGCAGUACAACUUUGACAUUACAAAAGGCAACAUAUACAUCAAGUGUAUGGAAGGAGCCAAAACCAACAUGUGUUAUAAUGUCCUGGACAGGCAUGUGAAGGACAGGAACCUCGGGGAAAAGGUUGCCUUUCACUGGGAGGGGAACUCUCCAGAGCAUCAUCUGACCAUCACCUACCAGCAGCUGCUGAGCCGUGUCUGCCGCUGUGCAAACGUGCUCAAGAAAAUGGGUGUGAAAAAGGGAGACCGGGUUUCCAUCUACCUUCCCAUGAUCCCAGAACUCAUCUACACCAUGUUGGCCUGUGCCAGGAUAGGAGCUGUUCACUCCAUCGUGUUUGCAGGUUUCUCCUCGGAGUCUCUGUGUGAAAGGAUCAUGGACGCUCAGAGCAGCGUUCUGGUGACAGCAGAUGGUGUUUACAGAGGAGAGAAGCUGAUCAACCUGAAGCAGAUUUCAGAUGAUGCUUUGGAGAAGUGUGGAGAAAAAGCGCCAUGCAGUGUCACAAAAUGCCUGGUGGUCAACCACCACGCUGUGCGGACGAAAGGUGGAACUUCAUGCAACAAACUACAGACUCCCUGGGACAUGAAGCGAGACAUGUGGUGGGACGAGGCCAUGGCAGACUCUCCUGAAGAGUGUGAACCUGAGUGGCUGGAUGCUGAGGAUCCUCUGUUUAUCCUCUACACAAGUGGCUCCACUGGAAAACCCAAAGGUGUUCUUCACACCACUGCUGGAUAUCUGCUCUACACUUCUCUGACCUUCAAAUAUGUUUUUGAUCAUCACCAUGACGACGUGUACUGGUGCACAGCCGACGUCGGCUGGAUCACGGGCCACUCCUACAUCACUUACGGCCCUCUUGCAAACGGCGCCACAAGCGUCCUCUUUGAAGGCGUUCCCGUCUACCCUCACAUCGGCCGCUUCUGGGAGAUCAUUGAGAAGUACAGAGUGACCAAGUUUUACACUGCCCCCACCGCCAUCCGCAUGCUGAUGAAGUACGGCCAGGAACCGCUGCAGAAGUUUGACCUUUCCACCCUGAGGAUCCUUGGCACUGUGGGCGAGCCCAUCAACCCUGAGGCGUGGCAGUGGUACCACGAGGUGGUCGGUCAGGGCAGAUGUCCUGUGGUCGACACUUUCUGGCAGACAGAGACGGGAGGACAUGUGCUGACUCCUCUACCUGCUGCUACGCCUCUGAAACCAGGCUCUGCUACGUUUCCUUUCUUCGGCGUGGAGCCGACCAUCCUGAAUGAGCAUGGAGAGGAGCUGGAGGGAGAAGCUGAGGGUUAUCUGGUUUUCAGGAGGCCGUGGCCUGGCAUCAUGAGAACUGUGUACAAAAGCCAAGAGCGCUUUGAAAGCACCUACUUUAGGAAAUUCCCGGGCUUUUAUGUGACGGGUGAUGGCUGCAGGCGCGACAAAGACGGCUACUACUGGAUCACUGGGAGGAUAGACGACAUGCUGAAUGUGUCAGGGCACCUGAUGAGCACUGCGGAGGUGGAGGCAGCUCUGGCGCAGCAUCCCGCGGUGUCAGAGGCCGCGGUGGUGAGUCGGCCUCACAAGGUGAAGGGGGAGUGUCUUCACUGCUUCGUCACCCUCAAAGACACCAAAGAGUUCAACCAAAAGCUGGUGGAGGAGCUGAAGAAGCAGGUGAGAGACAGGAUCGGACCAAUCGCCACUCCCGACUUCAUCCAGAAUGCCCCAGCUCUGCCCAAGACCCGCUCAGGGAAGAUCAUGAGGCGAGUCCUCCGCCAGAUCGCUCGCAACGAGACAGACCUCGGGGACCUCUCCACCCUGGCAGACCCUAAGGUGGUGGAGGUGUUGUUCAGCCAGAGGAGCGAGGCUGCAGCCUGAGCCAACAGCUCCACCUCCCUGUUCUGUCCUGCUGCAGCACCUCUGAUGAAGACAAUCACAAAGGGCUGGAUCUGCUUUAGUGCGUUCUGGUUUGGACUGAAUGACCUGCAGACAGGAAGCUGAUCAGAAGAACAAAUCUGUGUAAAUGAGAUGACAGAGAUAUUUUGGUAAAAGAUUAGCUGUUUGAAUUGCACAUUUGUAGUUUAUGUUUUUGAUUAAAUACAAUUAUAACAGCCAGCUUUGCACAGCUCAUUCCUGCUCGAUCUAUGAUGUAUAUUUUUGAAUUGUUAUAUAUUUCUGUAGCCUGAGAAUAAAAGAUGAAAUGUU